CCCCCACAACCCCAAGUCUCCCCAUCCGGCCACCGCCUCCGCCGCCCGCCGCACAAACCGCCACCGCCACCAUGGACGAGACCCUCGGUGCCGCCCUCUCCUACCUCCCCUCCCCUGCCGUCUCGUCCUCCGCCUACCUCUCCUCCCCCUUCCCCGCGGCCUCCCCCGCCGGCGAGGAGGAGGACCGCGUCGGCCGCCUUCCCGACGCGAUCCUCCGCAACAUUGUCUCCCGCCUCCCCACCAAGGAUGCCGCCCGCACCGCCGUGCUCUCCUCCCGCUGGCGCCACCUCUGGACCUCCAUCCCUCUCGUCCUCCACGACGGCGCCGGCGGGCUCGCCCCCGACGCCGCCGCAGCGGCGCUCGCCUCCCACCCGGGCCCCGUCCGCUCCGCGCGCAUCGCCGCCUCGCAGGACCCCGAGGCCGUCGCCUCCGUGUUCGCCUCCCUCGCCGCCAGAGGCGUCGAGGACCUCCUCGUCGUGGUCAACGCCUCCUGGCCCGUCGAGUGGCGCGUCCCCUCCGACGUCCUGGCCUGCGCGGCCCUCGGCCGCCUCUGGAUCGGCCUCUGCCAGUUCCCGGACACGUCCGGCGUCGCUCCGGCCCUCCUGAGCCUGCAGGAACUCGGCAUUUUCCACUCCUCCGUGCCGGACCGCGACCUCCACGCCGUGAUCCCACGCUGCCCCGUGCUCGAGACCCUCGCGUUCGCGCUCACUCAGGACUACCCGAGAUACGUCCACAUCUGGUCGGAGAGCCUCCGCUGCGUGGUGAUUUGGAAGUCAAUGCUCAGAGAAGUGCACCUUGAUGACGCCCCCAACGUGGACCGGCUACUGGUGGAGCCGAUUGCUGAUGCUGCCACACACAUCAAGAUCAUUAAAGCACCAAAUCUGAAGAUUCUUGGUUACUUUGAUGUUGGACUGCAUCAGCUCAAGAUCGGUAAUACUGUCAUCAAGAUCGAUACAAAGGUGAAGCCAAGCGCAAUGGUUAGGACCCUCAGGACAUUGGCAUUGAAGGUGCAGUUUGGAGUCGAGGAUCAAGUGAAGUUGGUUCCCACCUUGCUCAAAUGCUUCCCAUGCCUAGAGGCUUUGUAUAUCACGUCGGUUCCUUCUGAAGCAUCAGUCAAUGUUGACAUAGAAUUCUGGGAUCAAGUUGGCUUCACAGAAUGUGUCUAUUCACAUCUAAAGAAGCUGGUGUUAGAAGCUGUGCGAGGCGAGCAUAGUGAACUGGCGUUUGCAAAGUUUGUCAUGGAAAGAGCUCAAAUGCUGGAGGAUAUGCGUGUCAUAGUGGAUGGUAGUUGCUCGAGAGAUGUUCUACUAAGUCGUUUAUCUUCAGAAGGGUGUGUGUCUGCAGAUGCUACAGUUGUGGUGGAGAGGUUCGAUGGGACUGCAUGGUCCUUCCAGAGAGCCAUUGACUUGUUGCAGACUGAUCCAUUUGGUUACUGAACCUGGAGGUAUUCUCAAAGACCUCAGAAACUUUUACAUGUAAUGGCCGCCCUGCAUUAUAGUUAAGCCAGUCAUACAACACUACUACUUAUAUGUGAUUCUAUAAUCAAUUAAUCAUUUCAGCAUUAUAGUACCUCAUUUUUGGUGAAGUUCCUGAGCCCCAUUGAGUUUUGAUAAAAUACCCGUCACAAAAGUUAUAAAUUCAGCCUCAUGUCUUAAAAGGUCAUGCUCUUUUCUGCCUUUGCCCUUGCUUAUAGUUAGCAUCAGAAACCAUGUUUGCAUGGGCCAGUUUAGUUAUUCGAAUUUAUAUAUAGUUCUUUUCCACAACCUUGGCGGUGGUUAUGAAAAAUAUAAGCGUGAACGGUUAAUUGCUCUUUAUUAAUUUCAUUGGUUUUCCCAGUCAUGGUCAACUUUUGAGUGGCACAGUUACAUAUUAACUUCCUUAUUAUUCUUACUAGAACAAUUUACUAUUGAUCUCAGGUGGCAAAUUUGUUUUGAAACAUACAACCAUCUGCAUGUACACCUGAUACAGCUCAACCAAGCCACCCAUCAGCAUAGCCAACAGUUAAGAUGUUAAAAAAAAAUCAUUCAUUCUGACCUGUGUACAGCUGCUAAGUUAUGCUAAUCACCACACAGACUGGCUAGUGUUAAUGUUGCUGCAUCCUGAAAUCCUCAAUCCCCAGCUUAUUUAGAUAAUGACAUUUCGUCAGGUAGAAUCUGUGCCCUAGUAUUGGCCUUGGACAGGAAGACCCUGUUUUGUUUGCUGUUCUGAUAUUUUUGUGUCAGAGUACCUAGCCAUGGUGUUUGGUCCAAAAUGCACUGCACACACUUAUCAGUGAUGUUGAUACAUACUGUUUCUGUGAUACUUCAAGCAGAAUAUAAUGUUGGAGGAUUAUUUCGAUUCUUAUUAUGAAUAUACAUCAGGAUGUUUAUCAUUAUGAAGUGGAUAACAUGUAUUUAUUUAUCUAUUGCUUUUCAUCUGUCUAUUCUGUUUUCUGAAGGUAAUUAUCUGUGCUUAAUCUGUAAAUUAGUCGAGCAUCUCUGGGACUUGUACUGAUUUUGGGACCUCACACUUACUGAUAUUGGUAUGCACUUAAUACCAUUGGUAUGCUAUGUGCCUAUGUUUGUACCAGAUCUUCCAAUUGCAGUCAAUAGACACAGGAGACUUCCAACAAAACAGUAAACUUUGCCCAUUGGGGGACCUGCCAGGACUCAAUGAGAUCAAUCAAGGAACAUGAUCUGCCCGUGCUUUGUAAAGCUUUGUUGUGCUGUGAUGUUGUGUCAUUACUUGUAAUGGAGGCUGCGCUUGGAGCUUCCGCCGAGCAUCUGAUCUUUCAGUGAGCGGCCCUAUUGAUUGCUGAAGCCUAGAUGCUAGCUGCAUCCGCAUUUCAGUAUCUGUCCAUUCCAUUGGAAGAUAUAUUAAGCUUGCUGGCUUAUGUGCUGUGUAGAUAGUUUAUUGUCCUCUCUAGAAGGUGAAGUUAUAGCUUUGAAUAUCUGAAAAAGCUAAUUAGCCAUGCUACUUAUGGAUUUAGAUUGAUUACGGUUCAUUUCUUUGUGAUGCAAAUGUCUCAUGACAUGUCAUUUUUGUUGGUCGAAAUGCAGUGUCUCCUUUGUUGCACCUGUUACAGACUGUCAGGUUUAAGUGCAAAUGCUCACAAACUGAUAUACUUGUUUAA